UCUCCUCGGGGUCAGAUUCCGAAGGCCCCCUGCAGCAUUUUCUACUGCGCCCGAAGACGCCCCGGCAGGCCCCCGAGGAGCUGUUCAUGGAGACGCCCAUCGAGCGAGAAAUCCGCCGCAGCUGCGAACGCGAGGAGAGCCUGCGCCGGAGCCGAGGCCUGAGCCCUGGCGGUGCAGGCCGAGAACUCGUCGAGCUGCGCGUGCGGCCGGUGCUCAGCCUGCCCAGCCCCGGCCCCGCGCUCCCGCGCGCCUUGGAGCGCGCGCGGGCGGGCGCGCAGAUGCAGCGAGACAUCGAGCGGGAGGCCCACCGUCAGGCGGCGCUGGCGCGCCCCGCAGCCCCAGAGCGGUGCGCCCGGCCGCCGCCGCCGCCGCUCGGCGAGCUCAAGCGAUUCUUUGAGGCCGCCGGGGGACGCGGCUCCUCGUCGGCGGCUGAAGGCGGCGCCGUCCCGCAGGGGCUGCCCGAUCCCGGAGGCCGGCCGCGCUUGGCCGUGCAGGGUCGGUGCCCGGUGCUGGCCCGCGCCCCGCCGCGGGUCGCGCGGUCGCUGCUGGAGCAGGAGGUGAGCGAGGUGCGUGAGCGCGAGCGGGAGCUGCAGCGCCAGCGGCUCAGCGUCUACGGCACCGCCGAGUUCAAGGAGCCCGCGCCGAGCCUCACGGCGAGCAGGGGCGACGGAAAGCUGGCGGUGACCUGGCCUCCCCGCAGAAAGGCGUCUGAGAGCGGCUUGGAGCAGGAGGAGCGGAAGCCUUGAGGUUCCAGCAGGCUGGGACCCCCUGCCAGAGGUAACAUGCAUAUCAGAAGAAACUGGUAGGGGUGCCCAGGAGUGCUCUCGGAAUCCACUGAAGGCCUGGAAGAGGGCCAGCCGUCUGCGCUGGGGAAGAUGAAAUCGACCAGCUCCUCCUUGAACCUGACUGUGAAAUUGACCAGUCUCUUCUAUAAAACUGUUAGUCCCGGCUGGGAAACACUACGACUCUCAAACCGCCAGUGAAACUGUUCAGCCCUCCUCCGCCUAACUGCAAACCCAACUGGCCUCUCCCUCUGGCCUUUGCGAUUAGAGGGCCAGGGUCUCCGCCUCGGCUACCCUCACUCCCCAGUAAAGCCCCUUCUUUCUGGGCAGUUCAGGCUGUUUUCCUCUGGGUCCCUUCGUCUGGGCUGCGGCUGGAGCGCGCCUGGCGGAGGAAGGCCUGAGAAAGCUGCAGGAGGCGCGGGCCAGAAUACAGAAUGUACCCCUAGCGCCCUGUUCUGGGGCUGCUGGUCUCCCCCGGCCCGGCCCGGGUCUUGGUGCCCCCUGGCGGCGCGGGAGCGAACUGCGGCGUUCGGACAAAUGAGCUCAAGCCCUUCCUUUUUCCAGACCUCGUCAACAUUUAUUGGUGCCAACUGCACGCCCGGAGCCGGGCGCGGGCUAGACAGGUGUUAAGAGGUUGUUCCUGCCCUGGGGACGUAAACAAUAGCUACUAAAAAAAGGCGGUGGUGGUGAAGGGUACAAGCUUCUUAGCAGGGCAUACAAGGCCAUUUAUAAUCUGUCCAGCUAUCGCAAACUUCACAUGCGUUAUAGACCCCAGACAGAUAUUGAGAGAAAUGGGGUGUGCUUUAAAAUGCCUUGUUUCAACGGGCAGGUAAGUGUUCCUCCAUAUCAGCAGUACUACAAAUGAGUGAACUCGGUGGUGCCAGAGCUUCUGAUUUCCAAAAGCACGGGGGUGGGGGGGGGAACCCAGCCUUUAAAAGAGAAAUCCAGGGGACCCCGGGGGGUUCAGACCGUUAAGCGUCUUAGGUUCAGGUUAUGAUCUGCGGUCUGGGGAUCGAGCCCCAUGUCUGCCUUCCCACUAGGCAUGGGAGUCUGUAUCUCCCCCUGCCCUCCCCCUGCACACACACUCUCUCUCAAAAUCUUAAAAAAAAAUAAAUCUGAACUUUAAACGUGAC